AUGCAAGGACAUUUUGACGAAACAGAGUUUUUGAAAAAUCAAGCCGAAGAUGAAGAAAUGGAUGAAAAUAACGCUGAGGGAAAGGAUCAGAUCUUACGUAUCAUAAAAAAUUACUUGUUUCACCUAUUUUUCAAAUUAAAUACUACAAAAUUUUCAUCAGGGGUUUAUUACUAUGUAAUUAUGAUAUAGCCCAAGACUUCUUUAGUUGGGUUAUGCAGAAGUCUUCGAGCGUCAGUCGGGGAGUUGGGAAGCCAACAUUUGGUGGUUAAAUUCCCUAGAUGAUAAAUCUAAUUGCUGCUAUAGGCUUGCCAUUUUGGAGUUGAUUUUAGCAAUAAUUUUUUUUCAACUCCCCAAUUAAUGUUGUAAGCUCGAGCUAAAAGGAGGUUUGGGCUAUAACAAUAGAAACAGCCCAACUUCUCACUUAUGUCAUGGUUGACGGCGAUUAUUCCGCAUUGGGCCCAUACGAAGACACGAGCCCCUGAAAUCUCAGCCAAACCCAAUGAUUAAUCGAUGUUUGCUGGGUAUUUCGAGUUGAUCACUAUUUCCACAGCAAUUACAUUUCUUAUGUGGUUCUCAUUGCUAUUUGGGGAUCAUUGUUCGGAGGUUUGAUCAGUCUAUGUGUUAUAAUAGCCCUUGAGAGAAAAACUUAUACCCUAACCUUGAAUUUUGUAGUCAAGGUAGCCAAAAUGCUGAUAACCCUUAUGACGACAGUUCUGUUUAUACCUAUCGUUGACACUUUUGCAUUUGGGGCAAGAUGUGCAUUCAGUACCCAUAGCCACUGUUUGGAUUUGUAUGAAGGAAUUCCCUUUAUGGUAGGCUAUAUUGGGGCAACCGUUGUAUUUGUAGGGGUUAUGAUGCUUUGUGCUGGAUUGUAUUAUGAUUUUUGCCCUAUUUGUGGCAAUAUGAUGGGCAAGCCGCAUUCAAGGUUUAAAAUUUUAAAGCUGGGGGUGAUCGUGACAAUCAUCUACUGUAAUUAUUUUAUCAUGAUUUCUGGCAAAGAAAUCUUGUUUUUGAUUGUAUGUCUAGCUAUCAGCUUGAUAAAAUGCUAUGUAUUUAUACAAUAUAUCCCUUACUAUAAUAUGAGAAUGUGCAACGUCAGACUUGCUGAAUGGGUCGCCUUUUUAUCAGCUGUUUUUUGUUUGAUUAUUGGCCAGUUCUUUAAUAGCACUGACGAAACAAACUCAUCGAUUACCAUGCUGUUUUAUUUUUUAACCCCUUGUCUAGUCCAAAUAAGCCAACUUGCUAUGAUCCGUCGUAGUAAAACUAUCGCUGAAAAAGGAAUCCAACACCUUACUAACCCUUAUCAAGUCGAAAUUAAAGCAAGAAUGCUUGUGCUUAAGCUGGAAGAAGCCAGAAAUAAAAAUGUCAAAAGCAUUUACGGGGAAAACGAAGAGGAUGAAAAUCAGGAAUUCCAAACAGUCCAAGCAGAGACUUUGGUAGAAAUUGAAAAUCUUUAUACAGAAGCCUUCAAAAAAUUCCCAAAUGCUGAGUUACUUUAUCUAUGGUCAGGCUUGAUCCAACUGCAUAUCUUCGGAAAUUAUAUUUUAUCUAUUUUACAAUGCUUUAAAGGUAUUUUAAAUGCUAAUAAGCUAGAUUCCCAAUAUGCCCUUUACCAUUUCAGGCGUACAAGCGUCAGCUUUUAUAAAGCACAUAUAAAAGAUGAUGCAUAUGACUAUGAACUCUUUGAAAAAGCUUUCCAAAGUGCUCAGAAAAAUGAUGAGGCAGUGACUAGGUCCCAGUUUUAUUUCUGGGCUGAAUUGGAGUCAAAAGCGCCAAAAAUACAAAAACUAAAUAAACUGGCAGGGGAGACUACAAAAAUGAUUGGAGUUGCAAAGGCUAAUUAUCAGAAAUUAUUGAAGCUGAACUCGAAAAAUACGCAAGCACUUAGAAUGUAUGGGUGGUUCCUUAGUAGUUUGAAUAAUUACGCUGAGCUUGGUCAAAGAUAUCUAAAUAAAGCCGAGAUGCAAGAGGAAGCUCACUCCCCCUCCGUGAGCAAACAAAACCAUUAAAAAAAUCCCAAUUUUUUGCCCAAAAACCUUCGCUUCGCGAGUGAACUAAUUUUUUUCUAAUAUAAAAUUUAAUUUGAUAUAUAAGCGAUAGUUAGUAUAUUGAAUCUCUAGCUAAUUCUAUUUAAUUUUAAGCAGCUUACAUUUUAAAAAAUAAUUUUGCAAAUUAAAUAAAUAUUUGCUUCUAUUUUUGCGAAUUGGGAUUUUUUUAAAAUUCUAUUAUUUCUAAUUUUAAAAAAAAAUUAGCCCUUCUCGUGGAGAACAAAAAUUUUUUGUUCACUCACGGAGGGGGGGAGUCAGCAGAAAAACAUGAACUCAAAUAUCAUGACAAGCUUGACACAGCCACUUUCAUUUUUCGAUUCUGAUAAUGCAAUUUUGAGAAUUUCUGGCGAUUUUGAGACUUUAGGAGAAAUUCAAAAAGCCAAUGCUUCAGCUUGCCAACUUUUAGGAUAUCUUUCAGCUGAGUUGAUAGGGAGAAAUGUCUCGCUAAUCAUCCCUUCUCCCUUUUCCGAGUCUCAUGAUGAUUACAUCAAAAAAUACCACGAAUCAGGGAAGCAUACAAUCAUCGACAACCAUAAUCUGGUUGUAUAUUUCGCCAACAAAAGUAACAAUAUUUUUGAAGCCAGGCUGCUCUUAAAAGUGGUUCCAAAUGAUUCAAAUCCUCCAUUUCUCUCCGCUAUCAUAAAACCUACCAAUCCCAGCUAUGAAACUAUUAUGCUUACUCCCCCCCCCCCCCCCUCCGUGAGCGAACAAAACCAUUAGAAAAAUCGCCAUUUUUUGACCAAAAACCCACCCUCCGUGAGUGAACAAAAAUUUUUUUUAAUAGAAAAAAUUUUAAUGGAAAAAAAAUUGGAUAUAUAAGUGAUAAUUAGUAUAAUGAAAUCUAGAGCUAAUUCUGUUUAAUUUUAAACAAAUUGCGUUUUAAAACAUAAAUUUUGCAAAUUAAAUUAAUAUUUGCUUCCCAAUUUUUGCAAUUAGGAUUUUUUUUUAAAUUUCGAAAAAAAAUAUUUUUUAUAAAAUUUAUAUAUAAAUUUUUUUUAAAAAAAAAAAUUAACCCCCCUCCGUGAGCGAACAAAAUUUUUUUGUUCGCUCACGGAGGGGGGGGGGGGGAGUUAGCAAAGACCUCGUCAUCACUGGGUAUACCCAGCAUUGCAACGAGCUUUUUGAUUUAGGAAACACCAAAAACUCUGAACAGAAAAUCUAUAACAUCAUCAAUAAGUUUGAAGAAUUCAAAGAAGAAAUGAUGAAAGAAGAAGGGUUUGAGUAUACCCAUGACCAUGAAGGCAAGAAAAACAGAAUGCUACUUAAACUUACAGAGCUUAGACUUGGUGAUAAGAGCGUUUCAUUGCUAAAAAUUGAGCUUGUCAAAAGUUUGGAAACUAAAAGAGAAGAAAAAUUAAUUGAUACGUCAGGCCCAGUGACAGCAGGAAAGCCUAUGAACGAAUUGAGCAAACCUGUUAGUGCUAUGGUACCAAACCAAGUAUUCUUUCAAGAAAGACCUAAUGUCCCGCUAAAUCAUAAUGAAAUAAACCUGGAAAUUGACUCUACUGAUUCAAAUUCGAAAAGUAAAAUUGCUGCCUCAAUGCAAUAGGGUUAUAUUAAUUUUUUUUAAAAUUAAAGUUAUAGAGAAUUAAAAUACUUGAAAUUUCUGUUUAUUAAAAUAAAGAUCUUUCAUUUAUUUUAAUUUAAUACUGAAAUUACGAAUAAAUAACUUAUACCCAAUGCAAUUAUCACAAUCCAGUGAAGACUCUUCAGAAGAAUCUUCGAGCCAAAAUUCUUCAGAAGACUCCAAAGAGGAAGAAGAAAAAACUUCAGACAACUCAUCAAGUGGCUUGAAAAGUGGAAGCAGGCACUCAGGCAGUAUUAAAAAUAAAAUUGAUAUUUCAGGGAUUACUGAAGAGCUAAACAGUUUAAAAAACUCCAAAAAAAGUAGCGUCUCAUCUCCAUCAAAAACAUUUGGCUCAGAUUCUGAAGACAAGUCACAAGAAGAGGAGGAAGAGGAAGAAGAGGAAGAAGGCUGGCCAAACAUAAAACUCACCCAUCCUCCUUCUUGAUUUCUCUACUAAUUAAAAAGCAAAGUAUGUAUAUUGAUAUCUUAAUUGCCUAUAUAAUAAUUCUUAUUCAGAGUAGGGUGGUUUCAUGCUUGACCAGAAGGCGACAAAACUAGUGAAGAAAUCGAGUCAGACGACGCCUCAUCCUUCGAAAAAUCCGGCUCCAGCGAAAUCGAAGUCAGUCAUAGCCAUGAAGAAGAAAACGGAGAAGAAAAUGCUGAUCAAAGUGUCCACAGCUCUUCAAAGAGCAUGAACUCCUCUAUGGGCUCUCUCGCUCAAUUCAACAAGUCAAUUAAAGCUUUAAUCCAGUAUGAAUUUUCCCACACAAAGAAAUACGUCAUGAGAUUCAAAAUUACUUUGAUCGUGACCAUCUUGAUCCUUAUCAUGACCUCAGUUAUUACUUUUGAAAUUAUUGAUACUUCAAUUACAGCCAACGAAGACCUGACUCAUUACGUCAAUUUAGUAGGGACUUUACGUAUGAAUACCCAAAAUAUGGCAUAUUACGCAAGGAUGCUCUCGUUAAUGGACAGCGACACAAUUAGUAAUGCGGACAGGAACCUUUAUUUUAACUGGCUAGAAAGUGAUGAUGACGAUAUGCAUGAUAUCAACCUCAAAAUCUACCAAAAUUAUGGACUGCUAAGUAGCGCUGAUAAAGAUGUUUACAUUAUAAGGGAUAUAGGAACUUGGCUAUUAGAAGGAACAAGCAUUAGAGAGCUCCAAUGCAAUUUAUUUGAUGCAACCUCAAAUAUGAUCCUUCAAGGGUAUUUGCUGAAAAAAGACUAUGAAAGCUCAGUAGUGUCAUUAAAUAACAGAAGAGGAUUUUAUUUAUUCAGAAACGGUGUUGGCGAAACUCUAGGCUACAUCAAUUCAUCAGCUUCAUUUUAUGUGGAUGCAGCUCUCAGAGACAUUACCAGUGAAAGGCUUACUGCAAUUAUGCUUAUUAUGACCGCUGUAAUUUUGCUUGUGUUUUGUGCGCUAUUCGCUAUAGUUCCUGCGAUGAAAAUUAUUGAAAAAUCCCGUAGAGAAGUUUGGGAAAUUUUCUUUGAAAUCCCUGGAUAUGUGUGUAGAGUUAUGAAGGCAAAAUGUGUAGCGCAGCUUUUGAUCGCAAUUUCCCCCUAAUGAAUUUCACAUAAUACUUUGCCCGAAACUUUUAUUUGUGUGAGAGACUGCUUAGUAAAAACCAUUAUUUAUCAUCCAAGGAGAAAGUCUCGACAAACAAUGAGAAAAUGUCCUUACUCCCCCCCUCCGUGAGUGAACAAAAAAAAUUUUGUUCGCUCACGGAGGGGGGUUAAUUUUUAUUUUUAAAAAAAAUUAUAUAUAAAUUUUUUAUAAAAACAUUUUUUUUCGAAAUUUUAAAAAAAUCUAAUUCGCAAAAAUUGGAAAGCAAAUAUUAAUUUAUUUAUAAAAUUUAUGUUUUAAAAAGCAAUUUGUUUGAAAUUAAACAGAAUUAGCUCUAGAUUUCAUUAUAUUAAUUAUCAUUUAUAUAUCAAAAUUUUUUUCCAUAAAAAUUUUUUCUAUUAAAAAAAAUUUUUGUUCACUCACGGAGGGUGGGUUUUUUGGGCAAAAAAUAGCGAUUUUUCUAAUGGUUUUGUUCACUCACGGAGGGGGGGGAGUUAAGGAAAAGGCAUGCUGCCAAAAAUGUUCUGACAGGUUGAAUAUCUUAAAUGAGCAAGCUAACCUAGAACUUGAAGAAAUGGGAGCUGAAGCUGCAGAAGAGCAAGCUAAUUUAGACAGUGAAAAAAAUAAAGAAUCGACUAAGAAGUCAGAGAAAAGCAAAGAAAAAGAAAAGAAAAAAAAGAAAAUCUUGGCCGAGAAAAAAGUCUUGGCCUAUGACCCGAAACAAAGGAAAAUCAUGACUUUUAAAAUGGCAGGGUUUUUCACUGUAAGUUUGGUGUACUUUUAUUUGAUUUAUUAUACAGGCUUUGAAGCUGUGGGACAGAUUUUGAACGACAUGCCAAUACAUGUGGAUUGGUCAGCAAGGAGACAAGAAUUGACAAAGGCUAUUAACUUUUGGGUAAACGAAGCACUGUUUGAAAACAUAACAGGAAUUGGAUACAAAUAUGUAGUGCCAAGUGGACAAGAUGUAGGAGACUGCUUAAAUGAAGCUUCAAGAUGGAUUGAUGAGCUGGAUUAUGUAGAAAACAGUUUGAUUUUUGGAAAUGACGAAGAAGGGCUGACAUAUAAUGAUAUGAGAAGCUCAGAGCAUGACAAAAUUUUAUUUGAUGAUGCCUGUGACGUCCCACUCAUAAGGAAUUUAGAUGACUGCUCAACAGCUGGCGACGGAAUGCUAAUGCAAGGCCUUCAUAGUGCUCUUGGCGCUUAUAAGGAUCCCCCCCCUCAUUUGUCCAAUUUUCUAGUUUUUUUUUUCUAAGAAAAAAAAAAUUUUUCAGGACCUCAUUUGUCCCAAAAUCUAGUCAAAAAUGAUUUGUCCAAUUUUCUAGUCAUUUUUGGAUUUUUCGAGUAUCCUAAAUUUUAGUAUUUUACUGUAAAAAACUAGAAAAUGAGACAAUUGAGGUCCUGAAAAAUUUUUUUUUUCUAUCAAAAUUUUGACUAGAAAAUUGGACAAAUGAGGUCCUAAAAAAAUUUUUUUUUUUCCUAUAAAAAAAACUAGAAAAAUGGACAAAUGAUAAAAGACUAAAAAAUUGGACAAAUGAGGGGGGGGGAUCCUUACAACCCUAGCGAGAAAUCAUCUUUUAAACAUCCAAACAUUAUACGACAAAAAGAACUAUACCUUAGCGACUGUUCUCCAAUACUUCAAAAGUGACGACAUGCAGCUUUUGCGAGAUCUUGAUAACCAUUAUCUCUACGACGCAUUGACCCGGACUACCGAUCUCUAUGAAUCCGACUACAAAGACCAAGUUCAGCAAAUGCAAGUGUGGCAAAACUUGCUGAUUUCUUUAUAUUCCGUCUUCUCUCUGCUCUUUUUCUUCUUGGUGUAUUCUCCUAUGAUCAAUAAAAUCGGACAUGACACGAACAAUGCGUGGAGUAUGCUGGCAUUGAUUCCUCAGGAGUAUCAAGAAGAUUUCAAACUGCUAGCAGCAGCCAUUAAAGAAAGAAAAGACAACUUUAGAUGGAGAUAA